CCAGUUGAGCCUUUCAUUUCUUUUACAGUUGUUAAACAUCAUCUGGCAUCUUAGGCACCCAUUACUCAAAGAGAUCAAUUUCGAGCCGAGAAAUCACGCACAAUAUGCCUACAUCAGGAAGGAAAGAAAAUGUUGAGAUUGUGAUUUCACCACCUUCUGAAGAAAGGGCUGAAACUUGUUCUCGUUUCAACUUGACAGAAAUUAAAACUCGAAAUAGGCACUUGGAAUUGUACCUAGCUGCACUGAAAGGUGAUUGGGACACAGCUAAAAUAAUUUACAAGGAAGAUAGAAUUGAUUUAACAGUUAAGCUAUCAAAGCAAGGGGACACUGCUCUCCAUAUUGCAGUUGCUGCACAGCGCACUAGUUUUGUGAAAAAGUUGGUUGAACAAAUGAAAAAAGAGGAUUUAGCCAUAAAAAAUAAUGCUGGCAACUCGGCCUUUUUAAUCGCAGCUGCGUCCCAUAGUGUUGAAAUUGUGAAGGCCAUCAUGGAGAAGAAUGAAGACAUUGUAAAGAUUAGAGGAGGCAAUGAUAUGUUACCGCUUCACGCGGCAGCUCAAACGGGAGACAAAGAGAUCGUAGAACACCUUUAUGAAACCAUGGAUCGAGAUGGGUUAGUAAAUGAUAACGAUAGCUUCGAAUUGCUUGUGCGUCUGAUAAACCAUGGUUUGUAUGAUGUUGCGCUUGAUUUGGUGGAGAAGCACCCAGAUUUAGCUACUAAACGUGGUAAAAAUGAGGAGACAGCAUUGCACUACUUGGCUCGAAUGCCCGUACCGACACCUACUUUCUCCGGUGGCCCAGUUAGACGAUGGAAAAGAUUAGUGAUCUACACUUUUAAGGAAGCGAUAAGGACUAUGCAACGGAUGAAGGAGACUAUGCAACGGAUGAAGGAGAGGGAGGAACAGAGGAAUAUGCUGGGCUUCAGGCAUCGAAAGAAGAAGAGGGAGAAACAGUGGAGGGAAUCAAUGAGCUUGACGGCCCAAAUGGAUAAGCAGAUAUCUCGCUCGUCUUGUGGGUGCAGAGACUCCUCAAGCUUCUAUUGA